CCUUCCGGUGACUCGUAGCGAGCUACGGGUAUUAUCGGCGUGUUGUGACCAAACUAACAUUAGUGUUACGGAAGUUUAUAAUGUGAAUUCUCAUCUACUUUAUUAUAAUUAAUUCUAUUUGAUGGCUGCCGUGGAAUCCUGCUUUAACGAAGCUGUGUAAAUAAAUUGGCACUGCCCUACAGUUUAUUUGGCAAUUUCCAAGUACACGGGAUAUGACUUUUAUGUAAUCUGCAACUAUGAAACCUCCCUUCCGUCGACGAGCUGAACCAAAACGCUUUAUGCCUAAGAGCACUGAGGAAGAGCCCACAGUGAGUGCCAGAUCACUCUGCAAAGGAUGGAUUCGCAAAGAUUUGCAGAGCUUUUUGCAAGCUUUGAAACAGCAGCAGAAUUUUGAGUCGGAAUUAGAUCUGACUGAGAUUCAAAAGAAAGUUCCCCACCGUUCUCUGAAAGAGAUCGAAGACCUGAUAAUGACCCUGAAGUCACGAGUGCUACAGAAGGUGUAUCUACAGGUCCAGAGUCAGAGGAGAGAGGAGCGCAGAGCUAAAGUUCCCAUUGAAUUGUGGGCAGAGCUUGUACAGAAAAUCUCUAGACCCCACGAGAAGACUAUUUCUUCGGCCUUUUCCCAGAUGCUUGUGAUUGCUGCCGUUGAGCCCUGUGGCCUGAUGCACUCUGAACCUCCACACCCCAUCAUCCAAACACCCGCUUUCUCCAGUCUUCUUCCUGUCCAGUCCCCUAAAACCCCCUCUCAGCCUUCUGCCUCAGGCAUGAGCCCAAAUCCCAGCGUUUCUGCUCCCUCAGCUGCAUCUCUUAUUCAGCCGGACUCUAGUUCUAAUGCUGUUGACCAUCUUAGCCAGUUAGAUAAUGCAUCAAGCAGUUCACCUCUAGUGCCUAAAACUCCUGAAACACCCACACCAAGAUCCUCACAGAUGACAAGAAGCCCAAGCCAUCGGCAGUCAGAAGCAGAACCAUCAGUGUCCAGUCCUGUUUCCUCAAAUAAGCACACUCAAGUUCAGUCGGGACUGUUAGGUCAUGAUUACCCAAGCACACCAAUAACACUGAAGAGUGUUGUGAAUUUUGACAAGAUUUAUCAAUAUUUAAGUGACAUUGACUCUAAAACCUGCAAUUCAGCUCUUACUUCAAUGGAGAGCGCAGUGCUGUUGGACAUGCUGAUGUGUUUGCCUGAGGAGCUUCCCUCACUGGACGGCAAAGAACUUCAACAUCAUUUUCUCCAGAUAUACUCACAGCUCACCCAGCCUGCAAAAAUGCCAGCUAACUUUUUAAACAUUGACGGGGACAUCCAACAGGCUAAUGUAGCCGAUUCGACUACAUUAACACAGAAACUCGGGUCUACUGUGGGAUCCACCGAAGAGCCCUCCAGUGAAUCAUCUUUGACAGAACCAGCAAAGGACAAAAAAGACUGGGCUACAGCUGGCACCUGUCCUCUCAAUCCUUUGUUAGUUCCAGUAGCUUUGCUGAAAAGAUCGACCCUGGAUUCUGAGAAAUGAUGUGCUUAGCCAGUCUCAGUUGAAUUCUGAAGAGGUUCAGCCUAAUUAACAUAAUUACGUUUACUUUGUUACAGGUUCGGAUGUUGUUUCUGUCCUUUGUUUGGACAGUGUGCGUAUAAGUUAUUCAUAUUGUUUCACUUUAUUUCUGGUGAUAUUUCAAAAUUAUGAUUCUGCUAAAAACAAGUUUGUUAUAAAAAAAAAAUCCAAGACAUAAAACAUAAGAAUAAAUGUGAUUAAAUAUUAAAACCAAGUG